AAAUGUUUUUAAAACAUACGAAAAAAUAAAAAAUUUGUGAUAGACAAGAAAAUUUUAAACUCACUUUAUACUUUUUUUAUUUUUUAAAAAUGAAACUCUUUUUUUAAUGAAAAUUCACAUGUAUUAAAACGAUGGAAAUGACAAUGACAAAUUAUUUUUCGAAAAGCCCACAAAAGCCCGAAAAGCCCUGUAGCCCUAUAAGGGCCAGGCCGGGCUUUGAAUUCUAGGCCCAAAUUAUUUUCGGGCCGGGCCGGGCCGGGCUCAAAUAUUUACGGGCUUAGCGGGUUUGGGCCGGACCGGGCCGGGCCAGCCCGAAUUGACACCCCUAUAGAUAUAUAAGAUAUGAUUAUGUCUUCCACUAUCCCAAUAAAAUUCAGUUAAAUUACUGUCUGCUAGCAAUUGGUAUUUUUCGACGCUCUUUUUCAAAUAAUAAUAAUUAAUUACACUAAACUUUUUUAACAUGAUUAAGUACGAAUCUACUAUAUGAUAUAAGAACAAUCAAGCAAAGUUGUGUUUCUCAUACUUACAGAGCUCAAAGAUCUUACUACAUGGGUUCUCUCGACUUGCCUCACGCUUCAUCAUUUAAGGGAGGAAGUGAAACAUUUCUUCGUGAUGUGCUUCAAAGUAUAUAUACUUAAAACGUACUUGAGGAAGAAUCCGAUGGCCAAGACGGUAUGGGAACUAGUUCAGUCUGUGGACAAUGAAAAGAUCUCCUACGACCACUUCUUUUUCGGGACAUUCAAGGUUGAUGGUUAUGGGAUAGAAUCUUUGUCGAGCUUUUUCAUGGAUUAUGGAUAUAAAAUUGGAGGCAGACUUGAAUUUCCAAAAAACAAAGUACAACUUGUGUGGCUUUCUCCUCCGGAUAUUCACGUCCCGGGUGAUGGUCACGGUCUAGGCAAUGGCCCUUUGCCCCGGCUUGUUAUAGCUGAGCUUCUUGUGGACGAACUAAGCCCUGAAUCACAGGAGAUAAUAAGGAAGUAUUUGAAACCAGAAGGUGGUAAGCAAGCGAUUCUUUCAAGUACUUUGGGGUCUUUAAUUUGGGAAAAGCCAACAUCCGCCGACUUUAAUCAACUUGUCAAGUAUAUAUCAGAUAACUUCUUAGACAUUAAUAAUAUACUAGGAUAAGACCCGCGCCUUGCGCGGAAUUAAGUUAUUAUUUUUAUUAUAUUUUGGAGAAUGAAACAAUAGUUUGGCUUCAUUUGGAUUACGGGUGUUCAACCC